AUGGCCAGCAAGUCACCCUUCAAGACCACGUUUGAAGCGGCCGAGGUCAUCCGGCCAAUUUUCACCGGUGGUGCCGUCGCAUUGGACAAUGGCGCCCGCAUCCUGGCCACCACAUUGGCCGAGGACGUUGUCCUCACGGAUUUGAAGACGGGCAAGCACCUGGGCCGGGUAGAAGGCGACGGAGAACUCAUAUCGACUCUCACUUUAACCCCGUCUGGCUCGCAUCUGAUUGUCUGCUCUCGAUCUUUAUCCAUGCGAAUCUACUCUCUCAAAUCCUCCGAAUCGAAUGCCUCGAUCGUACCCCAGCUCCAGAGAACGCUCAAGCCUCACGGUACCCCUGUUGUCGUGCUUGCAGUAGACCGCACCGGAACCCUCCUGGCGACUGGCGGCACAGAUGGCGCCAUCAAGGUAUGGGAUAUUGUUGGCGGCUAUGUCACCCACACGUUCCGCGGACCCAGUGUCCUUGUCUCUGCCUUGCAUUUCUUCGAAGUCGCUGCAAGUGCCAAGAAGGUGCUCGAACUCAACGGCACAAAGGACGAGAAAAAGAAGCGGAGGAAGUCCAAGACCGCCGCGGACGAUAUCGAGGACGACCAGUCGACGACCGCCAGGUUCCGUCUUGCUUCCGGUAGUCAAGACGGCAAGGUCCGUGUCUGGGACUUGCACAAGAGAAGUGUCGUGGCCAACCUCGAGUCCCACGUGUCGGAUGUUCAGGGCAUUGAUUAUUCAGCCGAACAAGACGCCUUGGUGACAGCUGGCCGGGACAAGACUAUUACCUGGUGGGAUGCGCGGUCCUGGAAAGUCCGCAAAGUUGUGCCCAGCUUUGAGCUUGUCGAAGCCGCCGGGUUUGCAGCCGAAGGAGCUCUGACUUACACUGCUGGGUCGAACGGCUGCCUCCGAUUCUGGGAUUCCGAAACUGGACGAGAGCUCACCAAGGAGCAAAGCCCAAAGGCCGAGGGCGAGUCUUUCGUUGGAGCAAUCUUCAGACCAGAGCUGCCAUUUAUUGUGUGCGUUCAGGUUGACCACACCCUGGCCAUCUUCCAGACUCCCACGAAAGAGUGUGCUGCGCAGAUACCUGAGCCGGUGCAAAGGAUAUCGGGUACGCACGACGAAAUCAUAGAUUUGCGGUACCUGUUACCCGAUUCUUCAAUGAUGGCCCUGGCCACGAACUCCGAGGAUAUUCGACUGGUGUCAGUGGCUCAAUCUGGAUCAAAUGCUCUGGUGUCGUCUGAAUACUUUGGCCAGGACAUUGCGCUCCUCAAGGGCCACGAGGAAAUCAUCAUUUCCCUCGACGUGGACUGGUCAGGACAUUGGGUUGCUACCGGAGCUAAAGAUAACACAGCUCGUGUGUGGCGCAUUGACCCCGCGAGUAACUCUUAUACUUGCUACGCGGUUUUCACUGGGCACGCCGAGUCCAUCGGAGCUGUUGCCUUCCCGCGCACAAGGCCGGCCGAAGGUUCCAAGGCCUUCACUGAUCCGUUAAGUCACCCGCCCGCCUUCCUAAUCACAGGAUCCCAGGAUCAGACCAUCAAGAAAUGGGAGAUUCCUCGAGAGUCACAGCAAGGCGGCAAGAAGGCGUUGCGUGCUGUCUAUACUCGCAAGUCGCAUGACAAGGACAUCAACGCCAUCGAUGUAAACCCGUCGUCCCAACUCUUUGCGUCGGCUUCUCAAGACCGAACAGUGAAGAUCUGGUCGACACAGGAAGGCGAAGUACAGGGUAUUCUUCGGGGUCACCGUCGUGGCGUUUGGUCUGUCAGCUUUGCACCCCUAGAUACCCCUAUUAUCCAAGGCGAGCAAGGUCCCGUAUCUGGUAAAGGGGCAAUGAUCACAGGCAGUGGUGAUAAAACUGUGAAGCUGUGGAACCUCACAGACUACACCUGCUUAAGGACGUUUGAAGGCCACACGAACAGUAUCCUGAAGGUUGUCUGGCUCAACGUUCCUGCGAAAGAAGACCGAGGAAAGAAGCCCACGCUCUUCGCUAGCGCCGCUGGAGAUGGUUUGGUGAAGGUUUGGGAUGCCAACAGUGGCGAGACUGAGUGUACUCUGGACAACCACGAGGAUCGAGUCUGGGUCCUGGCGGUCCAUUCAAAAACCAACAUGCUUGUGUCUGGAAGUGGUGACUCUACUGUGACAUUCUGGAAAGAUACCUCAUCCGAGACACAAGUCGCUGCCACUCAAGCCCAGCUGAAGUUGGUUGAACAAGAGCAAGAACUGCAGAACCACAUCCAUGCUGGCUCGUACCGAGAAGCAAUUGUCUUGGCGCUUCAGCUCAACCACCCUGGCCGGUUGCUCGGCCUCUUCACCUCGGUCGUCAACUCGAAAACGCCGGAAGCUGAUAGCUUGACGGGUUUGAAAGCCGUGGACCAGGUACUAGCCAACCUUUCAGAUGAGCAAUUGUUCUUGCUGCUACUGAGACUGCGCGACUGGAACACGAAUGCAAGAACAGCACAAGUUGCACAACGUAUAUUAUGGGCUCUGGUAAAGAGCUAUCCCGCUUCCCGCUUCUCGAACUUAUCUGUCAAGGGAGCUCGGGGCCAGAAGAGCUUGAAGGAGGUGCUAAACGCACUCAAGGUGUACACGGAGAGACAUUACAAAAGAACCGAGGAGUUGGUCGAUGAGAGUUAUUUGGUCGAGUAUACCCUGCAAGAGAUGGACAGCCUUGCUCCGAGUAUUGGCGGCAUGAGCAUUAUGGAUGGAGCAGAUGGAGAUGUUAUUAUGGCCACAUAG